CUUCCGGAACGCCGGAGUGUGGUUCCGGGUCGUGUGCAGCUCAGGGUAAUAGGGCUGCUGCUCGGCCGGCCGGCGGCGGCUAGCAGCAGGGGCAUGAGGGCGAACCCGGGAAGCGGCAGCUGAGCGGGCCGGGAGGAGCGCCGGUCCCUGUGGAUCCCGAGAGUACAGAGCUCGGGGCAGGGGCCGGGAGGCGUGGGGGAGCCGGGCCCUCCCCUCAGGAACGUGUCCCGGGGCCGACCCGGCCCGUAGUGUGGAAGCAGCUUCAGGUAGGUGAGCUCGUGAAACAAUAUGAAGAGGAGAAAAUAGCCUUUUAAGGAAAUUGGCCCACAGAAAGGAUGGCCUUCUUGGACAAUCCAACUAUCAUUCUAGCUCAUAUUCGACAGUCACAUGUGACCAGUGAUGACACGGGAAUGUGUGAGAUGGUUCUCAUUGAUCAUGAUGUUGACCUAGAGAAGAUUCAUCCUCCUUCAAUGCCUGGAGACAGUGGGUCAGAAAUUCAGGGAAGCAAUGGUGAGACUCAGGGCUAUGUAUAUGCCCAGUCAGUCGAUAUUACCUCAAGUUGGGACUUUGGUAUUAGAAGACGCUCAAACACAGCUCAAAGAUUAGAACGACUCCGAAAAGAGAGACAAAACCAGAUCAAAUGCAAAAAUAUUCAGUGGAAAGAAAGAAAUUCUAAGCAAUCAGCCCAGGAGUUAAAGUCACUGUUUGAAAAAAAGUCUCUCAAAGAGAAGCCUCCAAUUUCUGGAAAGCAGUCAAUAUUAUCUGUACGCCUAGAACAGUGCCCUCUGCAGCUGAAUAACCCCUUUAACGAGUAUUCCAAAUUUGAUGGCAAGGGUCAUGUAGGUACAACGGCAACCAAGAAGAUCGAUGUCUACCUCCCUCUGCACUCGAGCCAGGACAGACUGCUGCCAAUGACCGUGGUGACAAUGGCCAGCGCCAGGGUGCAGGACCUGAUUGGGCUCAUCUGCUGGCAGUACACAAGCGAAGGACGGGAGCCCAAGCUCAAAAAUGCUGCUCAUGGAUUCUCCCUUAUUCAGGUGGACAACACAAAGGUUACCAUGAAGGAAAUCUUACUAAAGGCAGUGAAGCGAAGAAAAGGAUCCCAGAAAGUUUCAGGCCCUCAGUACCGCCUAGAGAAGCAGAGCGAGCCCAAUGUCGCCGUUGACCUGGACAGCACUUUGGAGAGCCAGAGCGCAUGGGAGUUCUGCCUGGUCCGCGAGAACAGUUCAAGGGCAGACGGGGUUUUUGAGGAGGAUUCACAAAUUGACAUAGCCACAGUACAGGAUAUGCUUAGCAGCCACCAUUACAAGUCAUUCAAAGUCAGCAUGAUCCACAGACUGCGAUUCACAACCGACGUACAGCUAGGUAUCUCUGGAGACAAAGUAGAGAUAGACCCUGUUACGAAUCAGAAAGCCAGCACUAAGUUUUGGAUUAAGCAGAAACCCAUCUCAAUCGAUUCUGAUCUGCUCUGUGCCUGUGACCUUGCUGAAGAAAAAAGCCCCAGUCACGCAAUAUUUAAACUCACAUAUCUAAGCAAUCACGACUAUAAACACCUCUACUUUGAAUCGGACGCUGCUACCGUCAAUGAAAUUGUGCUCAAGGUUAACUACAUCCUGGAAUCGCGAGCAAGCACUGCCCGGGCUGACUACUUUGCUCAAAAACAAAGAAAACUGAACAGACGUACGAGCUUCAGCUUCCAGAAGGAGAAGAAAUCCGGGCAGCAGUGACACUGGCCUCCAGCCUCAAUCUGUUCCGUAGCUCAGAGCCUGCCUGCCAGGGCCAAGUGCCCUAGAGCCCACCCAGUGUCCUGAAGUCCUCGGGGGGAGGCCAGUUCCUGGCUCACUGGCACAGGGCAGGCGGGCUCUCAGAGAAGGUGUUGGGGGGCCCCCUAGGAGGGAGUGCUGGGAACAUUGCCAUGGGGCGGAAACCUGCUUGGCAGUGGCUUUGAUGAGUGAUGCCUGGGGGCCAGACCACCCCCUAGAGGAGCCUCGUGCCACCCAGCCACCUUCACUGCCUGCCACCCUGCCCGAGGAUGUACAGAGCUGUGCCCACACGUUUCCUUGCAACUUGAUCAAAUUUCUUAAAGCAAACAAAGAACAAAAAUGUACAUUUCUGGUUUUCCUUUUAAUAAACAGGUGUACUCUUCAUCAUGGUUGGUAUGGUGGACCAUUCUUUGGGGCGGAGGAUUGAUUAUGUUAUUCUCUAAAAUCUGUUCCCAUAUUGAACAGGCAGAUUGGAAAAGCUAUGGUUCGAUUUCUCAGAAGAAAUGUUUAGGUCUUAGUCAAUAGUUUUAACUAUGCCAUUUGUUUAAAUGAGUGCAUUUGCUUCGAGGGUAGUGUCUUACUAAAAGUUAGGAACAGAGACCUGGUGGUGUGUCCAAGGCCGUGUCACUUUCCCCUUCAGCACACCCCAGCUUCUGACCUCAGAGCCCAGGAGCUGUGUGGACAGUGCGGGGCGCCCGGAGGAGGGCGAUGGCUGGUGCGGAGGCCGCGCUUCUGACCAGACAUGUCUUUCCGUUUCUUAAGUAGCAAGUGUAGGUUUCAGCUGGCAGUUCCACCUGCAUGUGGAUUUUCCCAGGAUUGGAAUCUUCUCUGCUUCGCUGCCUUGGAAGGGGCCGCAUUCCCCUUUCCUCUUCUCCUUACAGUGCCUGCCUCCUUGUUCAAGCAGGCGGAAAGCUGCUGUUUCUCACGUUUCAGGGAGGGGGUGAGCGGAGGGAGACCUGUGUCUGUGCCGUCCGGCUCCCUGGGUGGGAACAGGCAAGGGAUCAGACGCCCCUGACACCACGCCUCUGGCCACACCAGAUGCCUCUGCGGUCCUCGACAGCCUCUUCAGUGCCCCUCCUGCGGCGAUGUCCUUUCUUACUGUCCCCAGCCGGGGCCGGGGACCGGUGUGUCACUGAGGACCUGCAUUAGAAACAUUUUUUAAAUUGUUGUACAGGAAGAGAUGUGUCUAAAACAGCAUCUCAAAGCUGAGUGUAUUUCUUUGCGCAAGGGGUCAUGUUGAUGAAUUCUUUCAUUCUGAUCUUUGUUCAGCCGACAGGAGCAUCCUUUUCUAAUGUCUUCCAUUCCUACCCCCUACCCAGAAUUAAAAGAAAUAUUUGUAGCUUGCUAUCUGUAUUUGAAUUUUUAGCAAUUUUAUAUUUAGAUAUCUUUGAAAAUGUAAAUGACUAAUUUGGUCAUUAAAUCUUGUGACAUAUUCAAUAUUAAAAUGAUAUUAAAAUAAAAGUCGUAUAAAUACCCA